UAGUUGACCGAGGGAAAAGAAGGCAUGAGGAAAUACACUCGCGAGUAUAGGUUUAAGGAUGGUGUACAUAUGAAGAAAGUGUUGCGGGCAAGAAAUGGACUUUUUGACUCUUUUUUGCAUCUAUGUGGUAGUUGUUCUCACCUGCAUUGCUCUAGUUUGUAAGUACUCUGGGCAACAACAGACUCCUUUUGGGCGGCUGUACACCACCAUCACCGAGGUGGUUUCACCAUGGAUUCCACAAUGUAUCCAAAGCAUUUGCCGCAAGAUUCUGCACAGACUGUUUCAUCAGAGAAAUAACACCUUCAUUUACUUGCACCUUAUCCUUGAGGCUGCUGUGUAUGGAGAAUUCUCAUACGAGGUCUUUGGGUUCUGUUUGGAAAUGGACACCAGGUUGAUUAAUGUGUGUAUUCCAUAUGCUCUCCUGGUUCUAAAAUCCUGCUUCUUCUGCCUCUGUUGUCAUAGCGAUCCAGGUACACUAACAAAGGAAAACCACGGCGCGCUACUGAAGGUGUACCAAUAUGAUGAGAAGUUGUUUCAAGAGGGAAUUAUGUGCCCAACAUGUCAGCUAAUGAAACCUGCCAGGUCUAAGCACUGUAGGCUCUGCAACCGAUGUGUCCAGAGAUUCGACCACCACUGCGUGUGGGUGAACAACUGCAUUGGUGCUCAGAACACUAGAUACUUCCUGCUUUAUCUGCUAAGUGUGUGCGCCAUGGCAGGUGAUCUAGCUCUGCUGACAGCAGACAUGCUGUUCCACGCUGUCCUGCGCUCUGGCCUCAUGCAAACACACUACAUUGAUGAGCAGGGUCAGCAGCAGUCUGCAGGGCUGACCUUUGUCAUACAGCACCUCUUCAUGACGUUCCCAAGAAUUGUCUUCAUGCUUGGUUUCCUGAUAUUUGUUUUUUUCCUCCUGGUGGGAUAUUCCAUGUUUCACUUUUAUUUGGCACUGGUGAAUCAGACUUCCAAUGAAUGGUUCAAACGGAAAGGUCACGGGUGCCAACACUGCCACCCUGUCUCUAGGCCUGAGUGCUUCACUGCCUACAACCCAGUACGAGGGUUUUAUCAUAGAGGAUUCCUGAAAAAUCUUGGGGAGGUCUUUUGGCCCUUAAACCCUAUUCAGAAGAAAAACAAUUAAGAGACACAUCUUCACACUGUGUACACUUUUAAGAGACCCAUUUUCACACUGUGUACUUUUUAUACAUCAUCUUGUAUUUUGUUUUGGUGGAUGUUUUGUUUGAAAUAAAUAUUUUA